GGCUCCGACUCUGGAGAAAAUCGGCGACACAAGGCUCCCUUCGGCGAUUCACUUUUUUUGGCCAAUAUGGCCGGCCAACGGCCGCCGGAUCCCUCCCAUCACCCUCCUGACGUCCCGGCGAUUCCAUCGAGCCAUCACACGCCGGAAACCACCACUGGAAACAUCCCAGGCGCUGCAGCGAUCGUGGCGGCUCUGCCACCAUUUUUUCCGGCGUCUACAGGUCCCGGCGGUGAUCCCCUUUCAUCUCAGGUUCUUCCCCUUCCUAAGACGACUCCAUCGCAUCCAUUUGCAGCCUCAUCAGGCGCUGGAAUGGGGUGCACCAGUGCUGCGGCCAUGGCGGGUCUUCCCGUCGGGUCGCCACCUCCUUCUCUGUUUCCAGGGCAAUACAGCGUCGCGCAGCUCCCCCACGUGCCUCCCCCGAUCUUUACGAGUGCAGCAAGCCAUGCUCCAUCAAUUUUGGUGACCGGUAGCUCUGGUUUCAGUUCCGGCGAACCUCACACGGCGCUAAUGGCAUCUCAGUUGCCCAACUUUUUCUCUCCGGCUGUGCCCCUGUCCCAAGCAGUUACAUUUGGUCCUUACACUCCCAUGAUGGUUUCACAACAGACCUUGAACGUGGAAGGCAGCGAAAACAUGUUGGUUGCACGCAUGGCUCACAAUUUCACUUGCGCACCAGGUGUUUGUGGAAAUGUCUCAAUGACUUUUCCCACUCCUUCGCCAGAUUUCCUAAAGGUCAAGGUCCCUAUCAACUCUCUUAACUAUUUUAAUUGGCAAGACAUCCCUGGUGCGAAUCUUAAAGGUUUGGUAGAUUCGGAACAUGUCAUAAUGCAUGUUCCUGUGCCAUCAUUGUCUCACUACCAACGCCUUAAUGUCCCGGGGGCUGUCACCCUUGCGUUAGUUGGACCAAAUGGAUGCCCCUACGGUGAGUACCCAGAUGGGGAGGUGCUUCGACCCAUUGCUAACCCCCAUGUGUUUAAACCCAUUAAUUUGGAGCUUCCUCGUGAAAAAGAAGCACGACUUGCCCAAGAAGCUGCAAAACGAGCUGUGCAUGAUCCCNUUGUAGCAACUCCACGACAAGAAGGUCCACACGGCAUACCUAAGUCUUCCUUUGCCCAAGUCGUGGCUGGUCCUUCUAUGGCUGGCACGUCAAAAUCCUUUGCACAAGCACUCACUGGCUCAACCAAUCCAGGGCAGAUUCAGUUUAACGAACAAUUUCCCAUGAGACUGUUUCGGUGGUCCCCGGAAUUUAAUGUUAAAACUGAAUCCUCCGUUGCGCCGGUGUGGGUGACUUUUCCUAAUUUGAGGGCUGAUUUAUUUAAUGAGAGUGCUAUCCACCAGCUUUGUAAGCCCAUAGGGAGGUGUUUGAAAGUAGAUGUUGCUACGUCCACCUUUUCACGUCCCAAUGUGGCUAAGGCUAGGGUGGAGAUUGAUCUAUUGAAGCCUAGGAUAGAACAGAUUUGGAUUGGUUUUUCUGAUGAGCCUGGCGAGGAGGAUGUGGGCAUGUUCCAGUCUGUGGAAUAUGAGCGCAUCCCAAAGUAUUGCACGGCAUGUUACAAGAAGGGUCACGACAAUUCCUCGUGCAAUACUUUGACUCCUAGUCAGCCUGAUCAGAGAGCCGUUGUUGUGGUUCCCCAACCUUCCAUGCCUGCACUUACGAAUACCCAACCUCCUCGACGGAGGCGAAGUAGGAGUAGGGUCAGGCGUCAAAGGGAGGGGAAAGGUAUUGCCAUUGUUGAUGCAGGUACAAGCGCAGGUGGCUCCCAACGGGAGGAGUCACAGUAUGUUUGGCGAGAGAAGACAGCGAAAGGGUCCAGACCUAUUGAGGUCGUGGACACUGAUGAUGUAGGUAAGGGGGAGGGACCCUCAUUGCAAGCCUUUGUGCCCACUUCUUCCCAUCCCUCCCCGAAUGUUGUCAUACCUGAUGCUUGCUUAGUUCCUUCUACUGUUGUCAACGCCACUCCUCCCACAUCAGUUGUGGUUGAACAGUCGGCGUCUCAGGCUUUAGAGCCAUCUGUUCCUCCUACCGGAGUUGAGCAAGGCCCCGUUGUUGCUCCUCUUCCUCUCUCUACUUCUUCUUCUUCUAUUGUACAUGUUCCCGAUCCUCAACUCCCCGAGCUGGCUCUGGCUAUGUCUAAUACUUUUGAUGCUUUGGGGGAGAUGCCUGGGGACAGUCAUGAGGACUGCGACUUUAAUACUGCUGCAUCCUCCAUUCCUUCUGAUUCGGUAAGGAAGGGGGAUGACGAUUGUAGUUCACAGACUAGUGACGGGUCCAUGGGUGAUCAUUUUGAGGAUCCGACUGACAUUGCCCGGGAUCUUGCAGCGAGUGGUGUCUCUCCUGCAAGGGAGGCUCCGACCACAAGGGAUGCGGGACAAGUGUUGUGCGUGGAUGGGGCGCUAUCUUUCUCCGGGGGGAAGGCUAUUAUGAUUAAGAGUGUUCUGCAGGCGAUCCCGACACACUUGCUCGCUGCACACUUUCCUCCCAAGACAGUGAUUCGAGAGAUGGAGUCUAUCAUGGCACGAUUUUUUUGGUCUGGCCUGGGAGGGACUCGACGCUACCAUUGGGGAUCUUGGAAGACUCUGGCACGACCAACGAGGGAAGGUGGGGUCGGCUUCCUUGAUUUUAUGACUUUGGCUAAGUCUUGUUCGGCUAAGCUCUGGUGGAACUUUAGGACACAGGACACUAUUUGGACGGCAUUCAUGAGGGCUAAGUACUGUAGUCGCGUCCAUCCUGUGUCCAAGCAGCGUGUUAAUGAUGAUUCGCACACAUGGAAGCGCAUGCUAGAUGUUCGAUCCGUGGUUGAGCGUGUGAUUCGAUGGCGUGUACUCUCUGGCACGUCUAACUUCUGGUGGGAUACAUGGUCUGGACUGGGUGCCUUGCAUCGCCAGGUCAAUGGCUGCAGUGGGUACUGGACUGAUGGAGUGGGUGAUAUGUAUCGCUCUGAUUUUAUGAUUGACCAUGAUGCUCUACCUCCUGAUUUAUUACGGCAGUUGCGCCUUGAGCCGCCAUCACUUGUUUCUGAUCAUGUGGAUAUUCCAGUCUGGACCCCGUCUACGGAUGGGAAGUUUACUCUUGCUUCUGCUAAGGAGCUUCUUAGACCGAGGAGGAAUGAUGAGGUGGAGGACAUUGUGCUUAAGAGGUGUUGGCAGAAACACUUACCUUAUAAGAUGUCCUUUCUUUCAUGGCGCGUUUUGGAGAGGCGCCUUCCCACUGAUGAUGUCCUGGCGAGAUUUGGCUUUGCUUUGCCUUCUCGGUGCUUAUGUUGUUCGCCGCCAGGACGGGAGACCAUUACACACAUUUUCUAUCAUGGGAGCAUGGCGCGGCGUGUUUGGACUUAUUUCACAGAGUCUGCCCGUAUCCGGGGCACACAUCACAGUUUGAGGUCCGCCUUGAGUAUAUGGUGGGCGCAGAGGCCGAGGAGCAGGAUGCUCUCGUUCCUAUUCCACCGCCUGCCGAUGAUCAUUCUUUGGGAGAUUUGGACGCACUAUGCUGCGUGCAAGUAUGGGGAUGCUCGCCCCAACUUUGCACACAUUAUUUUCCGGGUGGCUACGGCGGUGUCGGCGUGCAUCUAUCGUCGCUGGCCUAGCGGGGGUCUCUUGCCUUCCCGAUGGUCGGUGAUCAUGGAGCACACUGGACUUAUGUCGAUUGCAUUUCUUGGCUUAGAACAUUUUUUCUUGAUCGGAUUAUCUGACCUUAGGCCUUACCCUUGCGGGGGUUGAGGUUCCGGGAAUGAUUUUAUUCCUAGAUCUAAGUGGAAUGUUUUGAGCCGGCGUUGUAAUUGCACUUAAGUCUAUGUUCCAAUAUCCGAUAAGCGCUUCACAUUA